AUGGUUGAUCAGCCCUCUGGAUUCGAUCCUGGCUCUACUGUGGUUUUGAAGGGGUUCCCUUCAAGUUUCGGCAAGAACGAAUGUAGGAAUUUUUUCUCUUGGUUUGGGCCUGUGAUUUAUGUGGAUAAAGUCAAGGACAAUUCAGGAGAAUCAUGUUUCGUGGUCGUUUUCGCCUCUAACUACCACUCAGAGCAAGUUCUAAGCAUGAAGACUAUAAAUUUGAAAGAAAAUGGAGAUCGUGUUACAGUUCAUUCUCCCAAAGAAAUGGAGUCUCUUUGGAAUUCGAUUGGCGGCAUGGUCCAAAAUGCUACAACGGUAUUUUUUAUUUACUAUAAAUCCUUAUUUAAAAUUUAUAAAUUAUAUUUAUAUAAUAAAAUAAUAAUAAUUAUUUCACAAAUUAUAAAUUUUUAG